UUGCUGCAAUGUGGUGGGAACCUCUUUGAUGCAACCUCUAUCGCAGUGAAAGCAGCUCUCUUUAACACAAGAAUACCCAAAGUGCAUGUUCUGGAGGAUGAAGAAGGCUCUAAAGAGAUUGAGCUCUCAGAUGACCCUUAUGAUUGUAUUCGACUUAACGUGGAUGAUGUGCCCUGCAUCGUCACGCUAAGCAAAAUUGGGUACAGGCACGUGGUGGAUGCUACCCUUCAGGAGGAAGCCUGUUCUUUGGCCAGCCUGCUUAUUUCUGUGACCAGUAAAGGUGCCCUCACUUCUAUGAAGAAAAUGGGGAAAGGUAGCCUGGAUCCUGAGAGUAUUUUUGAAAUGAUGGAGACGGGAAAAAGAGUGGGCAAGUCAUUGCACAUAGCCCUUCAGAAGGUUCUGGAUGAAGAAGAGAGUUUGGGGACCUCACGGCAGAAAGUUGGAUUUCUAGGAUGAGUUUUUAUUAAAUGUUCAAAACUGGUUUUAAUGGAUUGUGCA